UAUAAGUUACUGUCCUUUGCUGCACUAAUCUCACUGUGGGUCCCUCGCAAAUCAUAUUAAAUACUACCAAGUAACGAUACGAUACUCCUUGACACCCCCCGCCGCUGGCCCAAUCACUAGCUAACGCUUCAGUAACUCCUAUGGAUCCAUGAACUCUUGCCUGCCUCUUUGAUGUAUCCAAUAAUGAUGUUAAUGAUACCUCCGCACUUGGCUCCUUGAAGCAACAGGAUUGUCAUAACCUAUUUAUUCAUACUCUUUCCUUGGGUGUUUGCACGCUGGUGGGAGGGAGUAAACAAAGGGUCAAGGCAAAGUUGAAAAAAGGAACAGAGCGGGGGAAAAGGGAGAAGAGACUGCCUGAUUUCCUAAUGACUAUGGCCCUAUUUCACUACCCUUGAUUUCCCGCGCGUUGUGUUACCAAACCCGCUUUCGACUCUGACGGAAUACAAGAUAUAAUGGAACUGGCCGUGAGAAGAAGAGGCCUUGGGCGGGUUCUUGUUUCUGUUUCUUUUCCUGCUUGGGGACGGAAAUCUGUGGCCAGGGAUGGAUGGCGGCGUGCCUUUUCCGCAGUUGCGCAUCUCCGCAAGGUCGAAGAUAUUGGCCGUCUGCCGGAUUCCGUUUUCCCACGGUAUGAAGAAUCGCGGGGUAGUGAUCUCCUAGCUCUCCGGUGGCCAAAACCACCACAGAAUGUCCUCCUCGUUAGAAAGAAAGGGGCACCACAUGUGACCCAGUCACUCAUUGAAUUCGCAAAUCACAUAAAGUCGACCUAUUCCCCUAUUUCUGUUAUAUUGGAGCGCGAAACCGCUGCGGAAGUUCACGAUGUGCUGCCAUUCCCUGUAUAUACUAACCUGGACUCGGAAAAACUACCGCCAGAGAAAAUCGAUCUCACAGUCACAAUGGGCGGUGACGGAACCAUCCUACGCGCAUCUUCCUUCUUUGCAACAUCCAUAAUAGUCCCGCCAAUUCUGGCUUUCAGCAUGGGAACGCUAGGGUUUCUCGGAGAAUGGAAGUUUUCAGAAUACAAAGGUGCCUUUAGGGAAGUAUAUAUGUCCGGAGCCGGACCAGGGAACCACGCAUCUCUAUUAGAGCGGUGUGUGGAAAGUGCGAGUCCAGUCGACACCCUAUCGGCGUCGACGACGCCACCCUCAUCAGCACAGGGCUGGGAUUUAGUUCGCGGAAAGUCCAUGGGAGCAUCAAGACCCGCAAAGAUCCUCGUUCGCAGCCGCCUACGGGUGGGAGUAUACACUCCAGACGGGCGCCCGGUGCACCGCGACGGUGCAACGAUGGCCUCCCCCUCGGACGACGACGGCGGCGUUCACGCCAUGAACGAAGUGGUCAUCCACCGCGGCAAACAACCACACCUUGCCAUCGUCGAGGUCUACGUGGGCGGGCGCUUCCUCACCGAAGCAGUCGCGGAUGGCAUGAUCAUCUCCACACCCACGGGCAGCACAGCAUACAGCCUCAGCAGCGGCGGGAGCAUCAUCCACCCGCUCGUGCCGUCCUUGCUGGUCACGCCCAUCUGUCCACGUAGUCUUAGCUUCCGCCCUCUUGUCAUCCCGUCUAGCACGCCUGUGACGCUAAGACUUAGCGAGAAGAAUCGCGGGCGUGAGGUUGAAGUUAGUAUUGACGGGGUGAUGAUGGCGCAGGGGUUGAGGGUUGGGAUGGAGGUGAGGGUGUGGGGAGAGGAGAUUCAAAAGAGUAACGGGGAGUGGAAAGGGGGGAUUCCGUGUGUGAUGAGGAAGACGCUGGGAGAUGGGAAUGGUGGGAAUGGUGGUGGAGGUGAUGCGGCAGAUGGGUGGGUGGGGGGUUUGAAUGGGUUGUUGAAGUUUAAUUAUCCGUUUGGGUCGGAGGUAUGAGAUGAACAGGCCAGGAGAGAUUGCUCCUCUCUAUUUUUUAUUCGUGGUAUAAGGUUGGUUCGACAGUUUGUGAUGUGAUGAACGCCCCGUGAAGUCCCCAUUUAUUUAUCUUUCUCCUUUUUAACGGCUGAUUGAUUUAGUUCACUGUACUGCCCUGUCACGCAUUCGGUAACCUCGUCAUUCUACAUCCUCCCUUCCCAUCUCGCGUGUCUAUUAUACCUACAUGGACUGAAUCUGUUUACCCUUUUCCUACUCUUAAGACUCACUACACACUCCCACCCCUUUUUCCCACAGCCCAAUCCGUCUCCCCGCUUAUUUAUUCUACGAAUAUCGUAUAUAUGUUUAUAUGUAUAUACCUGCGGGCUAAUUUACAUAGCUCUGCCUACCUACCUACCUACCUACAUACAUACAUACAUACAUACAUACCCCAGCAAAUUGCAAUUACAUCAAUGGCAUAAACCUCCGCUUCAUCAUAACGUUGGGGCGGGUUCUAUGAGAAGCAAGCCCACUCGUAUCUUUUGAAUAGAGAAUAGGUAUAUGGAAAAUGUGGAACCGUAAGGCGAGUUCGGUUCUUUGGGUAUUGCUUGAUCUGUCUAAUAUUUAGUUGAUUUUGAUAUGUUUUAUAUAUUGAACGUCAUGACAACUGACUGUAGGCUGGCGGUGCGGGGGUGGAUGGCGCCUGUGCCGGAAGGAAACUGAGCUAUGGAACAAAAAAAAAAAAAAAAAAAAAAAAAAAAACACCCCCAUGCUAGGAGUGUAGUAGGGAUGUUUAUUUUUCCGUCUUCCUGCAUGCGAUUUUGGAUACGAUGGUUAUGAUCACUAAAUGCCGUGGGCCAGCGCUUAUCUGUUUUAUUUAGAUCUUAAGCGAGGAGGGAUCUAAGUAAGUAGAUAUAUAGAUGGAGAUUAUAGCGACGGAUGGCAUGGAGAAUAGUGAGAAUAGUGAGGUGUAAGAGGAAAACCCUAUCCUUACAAGUUGAAGUUGAAUUAUUUGAGACUAGAUAGAUAGAUAUAGGG